CUGGCUAGAGUGUGGGAACGAAAGCGGAGCCGGGUUCACACACGCCGCGGCCGCGCCGCCUUAAAUAGCCGAGCGGCUGGCGGCUCCGCGCGCGGGCCUGCAGCCUGGGGCCCCGUCGGGGAGAGCUGGGCUCGCCGCGCGCUCGCCCCCGGCGGCGCACUCCGCCUGGCUCCGGAGGCGCGGGGGCGCACCAUGCCCGCAGACACCCCAGGGAAGCCCAGAGCCUCGCCGCUGGCAGGAGCGCCGGCCGGCGCCCACAGAACCCCGAAUGAGCCCCGAAGCGCGGCGGAGCACCGGAAGUCCUCCAAGCCGGUCAUGGAGAAGCGGCGCCGCGCGCGCAUCAAUGAAAGCCUCGCGCAGCUCAAGAGCCUCAUCCUGGACGCCUUCAGGAAGGAUAGCUCCCGCCAUUCGAAGCUGGAGAAAGCAGACAUCCUGGAGAUGACCGUGCGGCACCUGCGGAGCCUGCGGCGGGUGCAGGCGGCAGCCGCUCUCAGCGCUGACCCCGCCGUCCUGGGCAAGUACCGCGCCGGCUUCAAUGAGUGUCUCGCGGAGGUGAACCGCUUCUUGGCCGGCUGCGACGGCGUCCCGGCCGACGUGCGUUCUCGCCUGCUUGGUCACCUGGCGGCCUGCCUGGGCCAGCUGGGUCCCUCGCGCCGCCCGGCUCCACCGUCCCCCGCUGCGGAGGCCCGGACGCCCGAGGUCUUCGCGGGUUGCCCGCCGCUCCCGGGGUUCGACCGCCCCUUCCCCUUGUUGCGUCCUGGGUCCGCCUUCGCGCUGCGGCUCCCGCCAGGCCUGACUGGGGCGCCCCGAAACGCCCCCAGGGCGGGGCUGCAGAACCGGGGCGCGCCCUGGAGGCCGUGGCUGCGGUGAGGCCUGGACCCUCACUGCUGCGGAGGCCGCACCCCGUUCUGGGGCCUCGGAGUGAGCCAGGGGUUUGUUUCCAGAGGCCGCGUCCAGAGAGUUCUCAUCUGUUGUUGUCUUUGCGGAGACUCUAGUCUGCAGUUUCUUUCCUUCCUGCAGUCCCUUAGUUCUGGGUGGGGGUGGUGGGGGGUCUGCUGGUUGCUUUGUGCUGGCUUCUGCGGCGGGACUGCGGGUGGCCCUUCCAGGGGCUCUGUGCCCCGCAUCGGCCCUUCCUCUAGCCCCCCGGGCUUGGCCCUGAGCCGUAUGGGCCUUCGUGGAAGUGUGGGGACGUGAGAAGCGGCUCAGGGGAGUGACAGGCGGCACAUUUCCCACAGCGCAUCCCAGUUCUGGAAAGCAGUCCGGCCGCAUCACUGGGCAAGGAUUCUUGU